AUGUUGUAUGGGUCAAGAAGUGAUUUUCUCAAAAGCUGCGUAUUUCUUGAGGAAUUCGGGUUUGAUGUUAAUAUGGAUCCCAGUAGAGGUUGGCCUUUUCAUGGCUCACCAGCUAUCGUGGAAUCUCCUACUGCAAAAGCCGGGUUGCAAACUGACAUUGGAGGUAAGAAAAGGCAGCAAGAAGUAAAGAAAUGUAAUAGGAAAGCCACAACGUUUAUUAUCUCCUUUUUGCUUCAGUUUUUUUUACUGUGUAUAAUAAAAUUAAGCUUUAUGCCGGUAAAAGUUCAGAUCGCCUAA